GACUUUUACUUCAACAGAAGAUGAUGAUGACAAUGAUCAUGAUACAUAUAACGAGAGACCUUCCGAGAAAUAUCAAAAACCUAAACAAUAUUCCUUCGCUGGGUUGAUUGUAUCGAGAUUAAUUCGCGAGAGUUGUAAGUAUGCGCAAAGGCAUAAGGCAAAAAAAAAUAUGUGGGUUUCUGGUUUCUUCUUAUAAAAACUUAGGUAGGGUAGGUCGGUUUUAACUUUUUUUUUAAACUUUUUUUUAAAAUUUUCCGAACAACCGGACGCCAUUUUGUUUAGUCAGUGCUUCCACAUCCAAGAUAAAUUUCCCUAAUAUUGCCUCAAAUUUCAAUUUUCCACAAAGUUUUUCCUCUAAGUUGAAACACUUACAAGCAUGAAUGCAUGAUCCAAUAAAAAAGUUUAGGGUCGGGAUUUCGACGUCCAAAAGCUAGGUAGGGUCGGGAAACCGGAAACCCACAUAUUUUUGUUUUGGCCUAAAUGAGCAUUUACGAUAAACUAUAAUCAAAUUUGUCUUAUACCGUCCUAUUUUUCUUAAAUUCUAGUUGCAGAUUCGUUGAUAAUCACACCGAAAAUAUAUCAGAGAUAG